CAGUCAUCUUUUAGAAAAAGUCAGAAAAACCAAAUCAGAAAACAAAAAAACUUACUCUUUUAAUCCAACAUAGCCACGAAUCCUCUCUCUCUCUCUCUCCCUCUCUCUGGACUCUUCGUUUCUCUUUCUUCAGUUUUGUGUUUUGAAGAAAAAAAAUAAACUCAAACUUCUUGUUCUUGGGGUUCUCUAGGGCUCUUGGGACUGAUACCUUUAGAAAAUGGGUAAAGCUGCUGGGAGAAACGGUGACGGAAACUACAACGGCGUUGGAUUUAACGGUCAUAGAGGUGGUGGAGUUAGGCCAUACGUACGGUCUCCAGUGCCUCGGCUCAGAUGGACGCCAGAUCUCCACCGGUGUUUCGUUAACGCUGUAGAUAUGCUCGGUGGCCAACAUCGAGCCACUCCAAAGCUUGUUCUUAAGAUGAUGGAUGUGAAGGGACUCACAAUUUCACAUGUCAAGAGCCAUCUCCAGAUGUAUAGAGGUUCUAAACUUACUUUGGGGAAACCAGAGGAAAGCUCUUCAUCUUCAAUAAGAAGAAGACAAGAGACUGAAGAAGAUCAUCUUCAUGACAACUUGUCUUUACACACAAGGAAUGAUUGUCUUUUGGGUUUUCACUCCUUCCCUCUUUCUUCACAUUCUUUUCUUAGAGGAGGAAGAGGAAAGGAGCAGACUUCAGAGUCUAGUGGUGAUGAUGAUGCUGACUUCCUUCAGAUCAUGAACAUGAAGAAGACGAAAGAAACGACGACGUUUCGAUCAAAUCAUUUCCACAAGAUCUGCAAGAUACCAUGUUGGGGGAUUAAGGAAACAGAGAAGGAGAAGAACACUUGGCAAGAACACGAACAAGAAGAAGAAGAAUUGUCGUUGUCUCUGUCGUUGAAUCAUCAUCAUUGGAGAAGCAACGGAUCAUCAGUGAGCGAAACGAGUGAAGCCGUCUCCACAUGUUCUGCACCAUUCAUCUUCAAAGAUUGCUUGGGUUCUUCACCAAAGAUUGAUCUUAACCUUGAACUUUCAAUUUCUCUCCUCGGUAGCUGAAAUCGAUAAAUAAUAUACUUGUUUCUUAGAUUAGUUUGCUGCGGAACAUUCAGAUUUUUGUUCUGGAUUUCUUGUUUUCCGAGAUUUAAAGUUAAUGAAAAUCUUGAAAAUAAAUGUUAGAUUUA